AUGGCCGACCCAUACAACCCAUACACCUCUUACUCGACGCCGACCCCAGGUGGGGUCAGCUACUAUCCGCCUGCGCAAGAUGCGCCUGCUGCCUACCAGUACCAGCAGCCCUAUGACUACUCGGAGAGCGGUCCUCGGCCGGAUCCGAAUCAUGUCUACGCUCCCCAGCCGGCUCCGUACCACCUAGCGCCCGAGCCCUAUCAUGGCGUGCCGGCGGAGAGAAGCUACACGCCUGUCGGACAACCCGACCAUCUCGGACCGGUUGCCACGGGACACUAUCAGCAUGCGCAAGGUGGUAAGGUCCCUGAGAAUCUGGGCUACUAUGGCCACCCCAGCGAUCCCCCGCGACAUACUCCGUCGCCCAAUCCUCACCCUCACCCGCCCGCUGUAUACGUUUCAGACGGCCAAGAUCCUCACCAUGCACAGAGUGAAAAGCCGCACCUGUCCAGCUCAAGCGAUGAUCCGGAGGGCGACGACCGCGGGCUGGGCAGUUCCCUGGCCGGGGGUGCCGCAGGUUAUUUUUUAGGACAUAAGAAAGACCAUGGCCUCCUCGGCGCACUUGGUGGCGCGAUCCUGGGCAAUUAUAUUGAGAACAAAGCAAAAGAACACAAGCGACAUUCUUCUCAGGAACCCACUCGCGACACCGUGGGGUCGACAGUUCGGGAGAAGACUAGCGAGUCGCGUGAAGGAGAUUGUUUUAUGUGA